GAGACAAACUCGGAAGAUUAACACCAUAAUUCGAUUCGAUACGGGUUAAAGUGAAGAUGUUGAGGUUUUCUUUAUUUUUAGCAUUAUUCAGUUUAACGUUAUGUUUCACGGUUAAUAAUGAAUUAAAAGUUGCCGAAAUUGAUUACGAGGAAAUCAAAGAAAUCGAAAAAGACAACAAAAACGUCUCAUUAAGUAAAGUUUAUCAAGAAGAAAAUGAGGAAGAGAAGAUAUCUUACGAUGGAUAUCAAGUUUGGAAGGUUUCUUUUAAUUCAAACACAACGAAAGUGAUCAAAAAAAUUCGCGAUAAUUACGGGGUAAGGUUAUGGGGAGGAAAUAGAACAAAAAUCGACGUUGUUAUUCCCCCGAAAAACUUGGAAAGCGUUCAAAAAUUGCUUAAAAAGAAUUUAAUCGAUUUUAAUGUAAUGAUUGAAGAUUUACAAAGCGAUAUUGAGAAGGAAAAUAUACACUCGGAGGAGGAGGAAGAUGAAUUCCAACAUCGAUAUGGGCACCGAAUGACGUUUACGUCAUAUCAUAGGUUAUCCGACAUCCAUAAUUAUUUGGAUUAUUUAGCCGAAACCUAUCCCUCAUACUGCAAAGUUUACGUAAUUGGAUCAUCAAUUGAAGGAAGACCUCUUAAACUGUUAAAAAUUUCCAAUGGAAAUGCAAACAACAAAGCGAUUUGGAUCGAUGGGGGAAUCCACGCGAGAGAGUGGAUCACUCCAGCUACAGUUUCCUUUAUUAUAGACCAUUUAGUUCACAACAUCGAAUCCGAAUCAAAAAAUCUCCAAAAUCUCGAUUAUUAUAUAAUCCCCGUUUUAAAUCCGGAUGGCUAUGAGUACUCGCACGGAAGAGAUCGUUUAUGGAGAAAAAAUCGCGCGAGGGGAUCAUCCUCAUUCUUCAACGGAUUUCAAUGCGCCGGAACUGAUUUGAAUCGAAAUUAUGGUUAUAAAUGGGGAGGGAAAGGAAGCGGGAAGAAUCCGUGUCAAGAAAUUUACGCGGGAAGUGGCCCAUUUUCCGAACCAGAAACGGCGGCUGUUAAAAAGUUCAUUUCCAACACAAAAGCUAACUGGAAAGCUUCGAUUUCGUACCAUUCUUACGGACAAUACAUUUUAUUCCCUUGGGGUUACGAAAAAUUAAUCACCACCGAUUACCAAGAUUUGAAUAAAGUCGCCCAAGAUGUCGCAAAUGCUAUUAAAAAAGAAACUGGGGCCACAUAUACUUAUGGCCCAGCUGGAAAUACUUUAUAUCCCGCGUCAGGUGGAAGUGAUGAUUGGGCUAAAGGAGCUAUGGGUAUUAAAUACGCUUAUACAAUUGAGCUAAGAGAUAAUGGACGUUAUGGAUUCGUUUUACCCGCUUCGUACAUUGUUCCAAGUGCUAAAGAAGGUUUAGCUGCUUUGAGAGUUAUCGCAGAAGCAGCAGCUAAUUCAUAAUUGUAUUUAUUUAUAAUAAUUUAAUUUAAAAAAAACAGCGCCAUCUAGUGUCAAGUAGAUUUUAUUUAAUUUAGUUUUAAUAUAACCUAACAUAACCUAAAAGCCAAAAAAUGGAUUGAAGACUUAACUUUUAACCCAUUUUUACGGUCAAUUACUGAUUAUCAAUUAUCAAGAUAUAAAUAAAGUUGCACAAGAUGUUGUAAACGA